GAGCCGGGGUGGUGGCGGCAGUGGUGGCAGUGGGACAGAGGCUGGACCCCUGGAUCGGUACAACUUGAGGCAGUAGGGCCAAGCAUCAGGCACAGUGGUUGGGGGAAGCCCCCCCAGAGGCAAAGGCACUUGCUGCACUUUGCUGCUUGGGUGGAAAGUGGUAAACAGCCAAAGAAUAUUGUUUGCUUGCAUGCACCGGGCAAGGGAAGGCUGUCCAGGCCCAAGAGACAGUGAGCCCCAAAGCAGCACAGGCUACAUCCCCCAAGCCCCGGACUCUGGCAGGGGAGGAUCCCUUCACUCCCUCUCCUCAAGGUCCUGCUGCUGGCCCCUUGCCCGCUUCCCAGGGCCAGGCCAGCAGGCCAGCCAAGGAACACCAGGUCUUGUUGAAGCCCCAAGGUGGGGUGGUUGGGCAUGGCCCUGACCUGGGUGGGCCCACACUCUUCUGCCCGAGGCAUCUUGGACUGGAGUCUGCCUGGCCGGACAACAGGAGUAUGGACAAGGGCUGACAGUAGAACUGUGCUCUCCUGGAGUACCCUGCUGACCCCCGAGGAGGUCUGGAUCAGCUCCGAGAGGGGGCAGGAGCAUGCCUUUUGAGACUAUGGUGGGAAGGGGGAUCCGAGAGCCUGCCCUGUCAGCGUCCAACCCCUCCAAACGUCCCCUCACCGUGCAAACAGCUUCAGGAGCAGAUCCCCAUUGGUCCAUCCCUUCCCAACCCAGGACCACAGACAUCCUGUCUACGAAAUCCCUCGGGUCUCGCUGGGCAGUUUCUCCCACCUUCAACCCUGGAUGGAGGGUGGUGGUCUCUGGGUGGAUUCACACCCUGCAGCAGGUUUGGUCAGGCCUCUUGCACGGGCCCCUGUCUGGCCCUCCCUUCUCUCAUCUCCACCCUCCUCCAAGUCCCUGACCCCUGUGGCUAUCAGUGCCACCACUGCUAGCCGAGGGGCUGAAGCCCCGAGGAGUAGUGGAGCCAGGUCCAGCCCUUCAGAUGAAAACUGCCCCCCAAGCCCACAUCAGCCGGUUCAUGGGAGCUGAAGCGGCAGUGGCACCCAGUACCCUCCCUGCCCAUCUCCCAGCUGUAUGCACUCGGAAAGACAGGACUUGCACCCGCCCGCCUGCCCAGGGACCCUUCCUCCCUGAGACCUGACAGGGAGGAGUCAUCCCAGCCUGUCUCUCCUGGAGUCCACACUCGCUCUGCUCCACACUGCUCUCUCCAGCCAGUCCAGCUGCUGCCCGGUUGGUCACCUGAUCCUCCUGUAAACUUUAUGGUGUGUGGAGCAGUGGCAGCUGGCCUGAUGGGGGCGGGGGUUGUGCCUUAAAGGAGCCGGAGGGCACCCCGGCCCCUGGGCUUCACCCCUUCCUCCAGCCAGAAGGGGCUGGCAUGGGCGGGGACGGGAAGAAGCCGGUGCUUCUCCAGUGGAGGUGGCUACUGUGCCCUGCUUCUCUCGCCGGCCUGGAGAAGGCCAGUUGUCAGCAGAGGGCAGGAGACUGAUCCUGGAGCAGAACCCAGGGCGGCUCAGGGCUCGUCCACCUCUCUAGCCCGACCCGGGCGGGCGCCUUGAGCCGCCGCGGCAUGGGGCGGGCCACCGCCGCCGCCAUCAUCCCGGGCUUGGCCCUGCUCUGGGCCUCAGCACUGGGGGACGCUGCUCCGAGCCCCCCGCGCCUGCGGCUCUCCUUCCAAGAGCUCCAGGCCCGGCACGGGCUCCGGACCUUCCGCCUGGAGCGGGCCUGCUGCUACGAUGCCCUGUUGGUCGACGAGGAGCGUGGACGCCUGUUUGUGGGUGCCGAGAACCACGUGGCCUCCCUCAGCCUGGACAACAUUAGCAAGCGGACCAGAAAGCUGGCCUGGACAGCCCCCGUGGAAUGGCGAGAGGAGUGCAACUGGGCAGGGAAGGACAUUGGUACGGAGUGCAUGAACUUUGUGAAGUUGCUGCACAUCUACAACCACACCCACUUGCUGGCCUGUGGCACCGGGGCUUUCCACCCCACCUGCGUGUUCGUGGAGGUGGGCCACCGGCUAGAGGAGCCCACACUGCGGCUGGACCUUCGAAGCCAAGAGGACGGCAAGGGGAAGAGUCCGUAUGACCCCAGGCAUCGGGCAGCUUCCGUGCUGGUGGGGGAGGAACUGUACUCAGGGGUGGCUGCAGACCUCAUGGGUCGGGACUUUACCAUCUUCCGCAGCCUGGGCCGGCGGCCAAGCCUCCGCACAGAGCCACACGACUCCCGCUGGCUCAAUGAGCCCAAGUUCGUGAAGGUCUUCUGGAUCCCAGAGAGCGAGAACCCAGAGGACGACAAAAUCUACUUCUUCUUCCAAGAGUUGGCGGUGGAGGCAGCCGCAGCCCUGGGACGCCUGACUGUGUCCCGUGUGGGCCAGAUCUGCCGGAAUGACGUGGGUGGCCAGCGCAGCCUGGUGAACAAGUGGACAACCUUCCUGAAAGCGAGGCUGGUGUGCUCUGUGCCUGGCGUCGAGGGCGACACCCACUUUGACCAGCUGCAGGAUGUGUUCCUGAUGCCCUCAAGGGACCGCCGCAGCCCACUGCUCUACGCUGCCUUCUCCACAUCCAGGUUAGGUGGCCUCUUCCAGGGCUCUGCAGUGUGUGCCUACAGCAUGAACGACGUGCGCCGGGCCUUCCUGGGACCUUUUGCACACAAGGAGGGGCCCAUGCACCAGUGGGUGUCUUACCAGGGCCGGGUGCCUUACCCUCGGCCUGGCAUGUGCCCCAGCAAGACCUUCGGCACCUUCAGUUCCACCAAGGACUUCCCAGAUGACGUCAUCCAGUUUGCCCGAAACCAUCCCCUCAUGUACAAUCCUGUCCUGCCCGUGGGCGGACGCCCUCUCUUCCUGCAAGUGGGCGCCGGGUACACCUUCACGCAAAUUGUCGCUGACCGAGUGGCAGCUGCUGACGGCCACUACGAUGUGCUCUUCGUUGGCACCGACGCGGGCACGGUGCUCAAGGUGAUCUCGGUCCCCAAGGGCAGCCGGCCUAGCUCCCAAGGGUUGCUCUUGGAGGAACUGCACGUGUUCGAGGAUUCGGCUGCUGUCACCAGCAUGCAGAUCUCUUCCAAGAGGCACCAACUGUAUGUGGCCUCGCGGAGCGCGGUGGCCCAGAUCUCCUUGCACCGCUGCGCCGCCCACGGCCGCGCCUGCGCGGAAUGCUGCCUGGCACGUGACCCCUACUGCGCCUGGGACGGGGCUGCGUGCACGCGCUUCCAGCCGAGUGCCAAGAGGCGGUUUCGACGGCAAGACGUAAGGAAUGGUGACCCCAGCACACUGUGCUCCGGAGACGCGGCGCGCGCUACACCCCAGGAGCAGAAGGUGCUGGGCGUGGAGGGCGGCAGCGCUUUCCUGGAGUGUCAGCCCCGCUCUCUGCAGGCGCGUGUGAACUGGACCUUCCAGCGUGCAGGGGAGCAGGCCCGCACCCAGGUGCCGGCGGAGGGACGUGCAGAGCGCACAGUGCAGGGGUUACUGCUGCGCGGGCUGCGGCGUGCGGACUCCGGCGUGUACCUGUGCGUGGCUGUCGAGCAAGGCUUUACGCAGCCUCUGCGUCGCCUGGCGCUACACGUCCUGAGCGCUGCGCAGGCUGAGCGGCUGGUGCGGGUAGAGGAGGUGGCGCCCCCGGCGCCCCCGGGACCCAAGCUCUGGUACCGCGACUUCUUGCAGCUGGUGGAGCCAGGCGGCGGCGGUGGUGGCCCGAGCUCCCUGCGUAUGUGUCGCCCGCCUCCCGUGCCAGGCCCACAGCCCCCCGCGCCCCGGAGGAAGGGCCGAAACCGGCGGACUCACGCCUCGGAGUCACGUGCUGAGCGUGGCCCACGCAGCGCAGCGCACUGGUGAAGGCGCAGAUGGAGACGGGAGGCCAGAACCUGGGAUGUAGAGAUGGGCGGGCACACCGAGGACCCUGGUACUAGACCAAGACACCAACUGACAGGCCCGGGCACCGAAGGGCAGCUGCUCCGGCUUAUUUAUUAACAGCUAACCCUUGAAUGUGGCCCCAGAGGGGCGGCCCAGGCUUGGCUAGAAUGAGCAGAUAAGUGGGGCUCCGGAAGCACUGGGAGAGCUCACCCUGUGGGCAGGACCCCCUCCUUGGGCUGCAAGCUGUGAACAGGUGGGGCUGCUGGGGCAGGCCGACUGUACUAAAGUAAUGCAAUAAACACAUUAUCAGCUGAAA